AUGACGGAAGAACAGGUUGACUCUAAUAAUUAUGGUACAAUAAGAGAUAAUAAUACAGAAAAUGAAAUAGAAACUUCACAUACUUUAUUAGAAAAAAUUAUGACAACUGGAAGAAAACCAAUGUUAAUUAAUACAUUGAUUUUUUUAAUAAUAGUAUUUGUAUUUAUUACUUUUCAAUUAUGGAUUCAACCAACUAAACGAGGAUUUUUUUGUGAUGAUGAAACUAUUCGUUAUCCAUUUAAACAAGAUACUGUUUCACCAAAUGCUCUUAUUAUAUUCUCUGUCCUUCCAAAUAUUUUGAUCAUCUUCUAUGGAGAAAGAAAAAAUACAUUAAAUGCUAAAAAUUCAAAUUAUGUUAGAAGUAAAAAAUAUAUUCAAAUUAUGUUUCAAUUUAUUGUUAAUUUUAUGUGGGGUUUAAUAUUAUUAUGUUCAUUUUUGAAUAUAAUUAAGGUAUCUGUAGGAAGACAUCGUCCAUAUUUUUUAGAAAUUUGUAAACCGGAUGUAUUAAAAAAUCAAACAUGUUCUGAUCAUUCUUAUAUACUAAAUUAUACAUGUACUGGAACCAACAUUGGACUUAUAAAAGAAUCAUCACUUUCAUUUCCUAGUGGACAUUCAGCAAUAAGUUUUUUUGCAGCCACUUUUUUUUUUUUAUACGUACAAAAUAGAAUGAUAUUUAUAAGAAGAUGUUAUCUACUAAAGUCUGUAAUCCAAUUUACUGCUGUUGUAUUAGCAGCAUUUACUGCAGUCUCUAGAAUUUUUGAUUAUCAUCAUCAUCCAGAAGAUGUUGCUGUAGGAACAAUCAUUGGUAUUUUAUUUGGAUAUUAUUUUUACUUCUAUAAUAUGUUUUAUGGAAAAAGAAAAAAUAAUAAGAAUGAUACGGUUUUAAGUGAUGGGACAGCGCAACAUGAAUUAUUGUUAAAUAAUGAAAGAAUUGUCUAA